UUUUGGUGUGAAUGGCAGCACUUACACAGUUAUUUGGAAUACUUGUGUAAUGUGACUUGAUGGUCUUUCUCUCCUGUCUGGCUAGAAGUAUACAACAUAAUGCCUUGCUCUGGGACAGUCACAGCAGCUGCUUCCUCUGUCAGUAGUUAAUUGGCUUCUGAGUUAGAGCUGAAGAAACUGUCACCACAAUAGCUUGAAACCACACACAACUCUCCUGCCUCUGGAUUUUGUUAUAAACUUUAACUUGAGACACCUUUCAGCAAAACUAGGGGAUUUAAGACCCAUGCAAAGCCGUACAUUUUGUCUAAGCUUCUCUUUGAGUUCUUGGGUUUAUCCAAUUCAAAGAAUCAGAGUAAAACUUUGGGUGGGACUGUACACAAAGUGAAAACACAGAAUAUGUUUACAUAGUAUCUGCACCUCAAAUGGCCACAUUUCAUCCAGCUCCUCUCAUCAACUUUCCUUAUUCCUGGGACCAGGCUAGCUUGGCAAACAGUUUCAGAGACAGUCUUUCAGAAUGCUUUAUCCUGCCAAAGAUGGCUGUGAUACGGCCUGCGUAUCACCUGCUGUGCAUCCAUAAUAAAGGAAUCUUGUUUGCAAGAGUUCUGCACCUUGCCGCCUUCUGCUGUGGCACGUGCAUUAUUUUAUUCUUUUUCCUCUUCCUUCCCAAUUCACUGUGCUGGAAAGAAUCAGAUCCCUGGUUGAACAGCUGCAUGGAGUGACUAAUGUGACUUUUCAGACCCGGAGCCUCCUCCCCCACUCCAUUUUGAUGCUAAUAUCUUUUGGCAUCUCGAAAAAGCAGGAUUAGUGCAGGUCAUGUAGGCCAGGAGCCUCCGUUCACUAUCCCUCUCUGCUAAGCAACAGAAUUUGGCUUUCUCUUAUUGUUUACUUACUGAAUCUUAGUCUUCUGUUGCUUUGAAUGCCUCCAUUGUCUGGACAUGCUGCCAGAAGCAGAGUGUCUUUGGCUCUGUGUGCAGUGCAUUAUGUCCCCAGGAAUCUAGCUAAUAACUUAAUAGCUUCUAGUCUCUACUGAGCUCACUCUGAAAAAGUGCUUUGUUAUGAGUUGCAGAGCACACAGAUGGAGAGAAGCUACUUAUCUCCAGGCUGUCACAUUACUACUUGUUCUCGAAAUCAGGUGCCUUCACAGACUGAAGAGUGUGGCUUGAAAGAGAGUUUCUUUCCAUAUAGGAUUUGACACAAUGGAGAGAAAAGCAACAGCAUCUGCACUUACAAUGACGGCUCAGGGGCAUGAAAGCUUUUCAUAGACUCACGCACACGUGCUCUGCCAACCCACAUGCACAGCAGCCGGUGCAAAUUAGCUGUAGGACUUGGUCUCCCUUACCUCGUAAUUGCUGAAAGGAAUAGAAGCUGUGUGAUACCUUACUGCAUUGCCGCUCUGUUUAUUUGGUCUCAGAAUGUGACGUGCUUGCUAGAACUUACUGCGUGUUAACUACUAUCCAGGAAAGUAUGCCACAAACACCUCCCUUUGCAGCUAUGUUUGACAGCAGUGGUUACAACAGAAACCUGUAUCAGUCAAAAGAGGACAACUGUGGAGGACUCUAUUACCAUGACAACAAUCUCCUGUCAGGGUCUCUGGAAGCCCUCAUCCAGCACUUAGUACCCAAUGUAGAUUACUAUCCUGAUAGAACGUACAUAUUCACCUUCCUGCUCAGUUCACGGCUGUUCAUGCACCCGUAUGAGCUAAUGGCCAAGGUUUGCCAUUUGUGCACGGAGCAUCAGAGACUAAGCGAGCCUGGGACUGACAAGAGCCGGAUACGAAAAAUUGCACCCAAAAUCCUUCAGCUAUUGACUGAGUGGACAGAGACGUUUCCGUAUGAUUUUCGAGAUGAAAGAAUGAUGAGAAACUUAAAGGAGUUGGCACAACGAAUAGCCAAUGGCGAUGAGAUGUAUCGGAAGAACGUACAGCAAAUCAUCCAGAGCCUGAUCCGAAAACUUGCCUCUCUUAGCCAGUAUGAAGAAGUACUUGCAAAAAUCAAUGCAACAUCCACAGAUCGACUGACAGUCCUGAAGACCAAACCUCAGUCCAUACAAAGGGACAUAAUCACUGUCUGCAAUGACCCUUACAUGUUAGCCCAGCAGCUGACUCACAUAGAGCUGGAGAGGCUCAAUUACAUUGGACCAGAAGAAUUCGUCCAGGCGUUUGUACAAAAGGAUCCCCUAGACAAUGACCAGAGCUGUUACGCUGAUCGAAAGAAGACCCGUAACCUGGAAGCCUAUGUAGAAUGGUUUAACAGACUCAGCUACUUAGUUGCUACAGAAAUCUGCAUGCCUGUGAAGAAGAAGCACAGAGCAAGAAUGAUAGAAUAUUUCAUUGACGUGGCCAGGGAGUGUUUUAACAUUGGCAACUUUAACUCCUUAAUGGCAAUUAUUUCUGGUAUGAACAUGAGUCCGGUCUCCCGGCUAAAGAAGACCUGGGCAAAAGUCAAGACUGCCAAAUUUGACAUUCUUGAGCAUCAGAUGGACCCUUCUAGCAAUUUUUACAAUUACCGAACCGCUCUGCGUGGAGCAGCUCAGAGGUCCUUGACGGCGCAUAGCAACAGAGAGAAGGUAAUCGUGAUACCUUUCUUCAGUCUCUUAAUCAAAGACAUUUACUUUCUCAACGAGGGCUGUGCCAAUCGCCUUCCAAACGGCCAUGUCAAUUUUGAAAAAUUUUGGGAGUUAGCGAAACAAGUGAGUGAGUUUAUGACAUGGAAGCAAGUGGAGUGUCCGUUUGAGAGGGAUCGGAAGAUCCUGCAGUACUUGCUCACUGUCCCAGUCUUCAGUGAAGAUGCACUUUACAUGGCUUCCUAUGAGAGCGAAGGUCCUGAGAAUCACAUUGAAAAAGACAGAUGGAAGAUGCUAAGGUCAACACUUUUAGGCAGAGUUUAACAUGUGAGAUGCCUGCUGCUCCUGCCGCUACUGUGUGAUGUGGACUAGGAAGGGACCCGGUUUGGUUUAUUUUGUGUGUGUACUGAAUGGCAUCGAAGUGAUGGGAACUGUGCAGCCAAUUGAGAAGACAUGUCAGCAAAGAUAAAAACAAGUUAACUCAAGAACAAACUGGCACCUUCUCAGAUCGGACAGAUCAGGUUAAAUCACAACUCGCUUGGCUAUUGAUUGAGGACAGGAAUGACCGAAUCCUUUGAAGAUCUCAAAAUUCCUUGUAUGAAUCAUUUCAUAACACCUGGAUGGGAUUUUUGUCUUUGUUUUGUUGGCGCUUGCUGCUACUACGACUUUCAUGGUUUGGUACUGGAUUAUAGGGCUUUCCGUUCCUCCAGCUGAAUCCCAAAUCUGCAUUAGAAGAACUUCUGCUCCCAAUAUGCUGAAUACAGCCAGGAGCUCAGCUUGCGUCAGCAUUGCCAAGAAGGGAUAGGACUGGAUUUAAAAAAAGCAAAAAACUGGCUGCUGUGGGGACUCCCCCUCCCCCAUUUUAAUGAUAGUUAUUUUUUUGUUUUGUUUUGUUUUUCCAUAAAGUUUUUGAGUUGGCUGCUGGUUGGCAAACUCGUUGUCAUUCUAAGUUAUAUUUUAAAAAAAGUAAUAAUAGAAUCAGUGCUGUGGUAGGAAAUUCAGGCACUAGAAAAAUACAGUAACUAUGUAGCUGCGACCAUCUUACAUCUUCUAGUAAGGUGUUUUGGUUUUUUCUUUCAACUGUUUACCACCUUUUUCUAGACAUUCUUAUAUUUUUACUGUAGCCUUUUGUUACUCUAAAUUUCCAUCUUGAUGACUACUUCCUGUAUUAAGUUGAGCAAUCUGAUUGCUUUUGUUUUCUUGAAUUCUACUUGUGAAACCACUGCACAGGCUGCAUUACAAAUAAUAUCAAAUUCUGUGUUAUUUAAGUUGUCGUUUUUACUUUUGCUUUUUUUUUUUUUUGGUAACAACUGGACUAUGUAAUCCAAUGUGACUGAAAUGGUAAGAUGCCAAGAAACAAAAAAGAUUGUUUUUGUUCACAGCUGUAGUCAAAGAGAAAUCUCCUUUGUGUUUGCUUCCUGGAUUAUCAUUGUUAUGACUGUGAAAUAGCUCACUUUGUUACACAUCUAAUAUGUCUGUUGUCACUCCAAAUACUUACCCACUCUAUUUAUCCUAGGAAAAAUCCUGGGGAAUAAAGAGAAACUGUAGAUUUAGUCUGCCCUGGAUGGGAAGUCACAUGCUAAACAAAGGGACAUGUAAAUACCGUGCCACUAUUUAAAAAAUGGAAAAAAAUAAAAUCAUGUAUUUAUGUUGCACUGCA